GCCCGUUUGCUAGCGUCCUGUAAGACACUAGCAAAUUGGCCAGCCGUCACGGGUCGGCAGCGUCGGGGCAGCCCGCAGUGCUGCGGGGCAGCGUUUGCAGCAGCGAUGCGCCCGCGCCUCGCCCUCCUCGCGGCCCUACUCCUCGCACUGGUCGCAUGGAAGUUUCUGUACCUGCACCCUCACUUGGACAGCGGCGCGGCGCCGCGCGGCCGGACAUAUGGAGAGACGGGCGACGGCUUCGACGCGACGGGCGAAGAUCUCGAGGAGGGCUGGCGGGAAGAGUUCGCGAAGCGCCUGGAGGCGGACCGUCUUCUGAAAGCGACCCCGCCGCCUCAGUCGAACGUGUGUGUCAAGGUGUCGCCGGACGACGGCUUCGGGCGCCUCUCCAUCUCUUUUAAAGGAGACGGCGCGGCCAUGUCCGUCUGCGAGGCGAAAACACGGUGUCGGCGCAUGGGCAAGCGGUGUGCUGGCAUAGUACGCGUCAAUGACAAGACGACAUUUUUGACCCGGGACGAGCUUUUUAAUGCUGUGCAGCGGAGCGGCACCUCCGCCACGUUGUUCGUAGCCUUGUACGGGAAAGCUGGAGACGCGCUGCGCAACGCCCUGCGACGCUACGACGCGUCCGGUAGACUGCAAAUGAGAGCCGCGGCCUACGCCGCCGACGGCGGCGCGCCGGUCUUCCGGAACACGACGAUCCACGACACUACGGUAUAUGACGUGGCCCAGGCGCGGAGCGAGUUCUGGCUCGAUAUCCCAAACCAAAAGUUGUCAACGGUCGACGGCGGGCUCUGUGCCGCGAAAGAAGCGUGCGCCCGGCAUAAAAGAUGUCGGUCCUUCGUCUAUCGCGUGCGCGACGGCGCCGCCGUGCUCUAUGCCGGUUCGCAGAUCGCCCCGCCCCAAGCGCCGCAGACCGUGAUGCGACGAAACCAGCAGCGAAAUAAAGCGAAGACCGUGAGGAGGAUCUACCGCAAGGUAGGCAAUGCUCCUCAAAAGAAGCGCGUCUGCGUCGCGUCGGACGGCGCCGUCUCCCCAAUGAACGACGAGGUCGUCGACGGCGCGCCUUUACUGGGCGACCGGCGGCCCACGGUCCUCGGAGAGAAGCCUCGCGUCGUCGUGACGCUGACGACGCUCCCGGGGCGCAUCCACCAGAUCCGCAAGGUGCUCGAGUCGCUCCUGCAACAGACGCUCGCGGCCGACGAGAUUCGCGUCUACACGCCGACGCACUCGGCGCGGGAGCAGCGCGCCUACGCAACGCCGCCCUGGCUCGCGGCCAUGGCGCCGCGCGUACGUCUAGUAAGGAUCGAGAAGGACUACGGGCCGGCGACGAAGGUGAUUCCCGCUGUUAGAGAUGGUUUAGCCAAUGGCGAUGACGCGUUGUUGGUCGUCGUCGACGACGACACGUUGUACCCCCCGCGCUUGCUCGAGACCUUCGCGAGCUGGAGCCGGCGCUUCCCGGAUGCGGUGGUGAGCGCGACGGGCUGGCCCGUGACUCGCUCCCUGCGCUACCCGCACUGGACGGAGAACUAUCUCGUGUACGGCAACGAACUCCACGCGCCGCACCCCGUCAGCGUCGUGCGGGGCAACUGCGGCUUCGCCGUCAAGGCCAAGUUCUUCGACGGAAAGCUGUGGGAGGAGAUGGCGCGCGCGCCGCCCGGCGCCACAGUCAUGGACGACGUCUGGAUUUCCGGGCACCUCGCGCGGCGACGCGUGAAAAGGUUCGUCGUGCCCUUCGACGGGGACCAGUACACGGCCGACCCGCGCCUCGAGAACGUCGUCACGCUCGACUCGAACCUCGGGACGGGCGUGUCGAACCGGGCCGCGGCGAACGAAAUCGCUUUGAACUACUUCCGGGGGGCCUGGGACGUCGUCUGGGACCCGCCGCUGCAGGAGCCUAAGACUACGUGAAUGUUCUUAGCAGUCACAGGGGUAAGGGUACUUUCAUGGGUUGCCGGGGAAGUCCUCCAGCGACCGCCGCUCGACGAGCGACGACAAAGGCGACUGGUCGUCGGGAACCACGAGCUCGAUCUCACCUCUUGACGUGUUGGGCGUCGCCGGCGUCGACCCCGGGAUCGUCGCCAAACGGUCGUCGUCCACACCGGGCGGCGGCAGCGGCUCGGGCUUCCGCCGCCACCGCGCCAUCUGCCGCGCGUGCAAUUUCGCCGCGGCCUCCUUGAUCGACGCGAAGGACUCCUGGUCCUCGGUCUCCAGUUUACCGAGCGCGAUGCCCUGCGCGGAACGGCGGCG